UUUUUUAUUCAGGAAAUACUAAAGGGUCUCCUUUUUGUCUUUAAAUAUAAAUUACUUUGCGUUCCCCAUGUCUCAAUUUUCCCGUUGCAGUUAGGAGUGAUGGAUUAGAAUUAGGCUGCAGCACAGAUUGGUAGAAUCUCCCAGCAUCCUCUUCCUGCAGAGGCAUCAGCUUCCAGCAUUGACUGUAGCUGCUGCCACUCUCACUGACAUUUUUUUUGAAUUCGGCUAUGGAGAGUGCCUCUGGUGCCUCUGUUGCUUAGCUGCUGGCAUGGAAACUUUUAUUCUUUUUGCCUGAUAACUCAUUAAUGAAACCUUAUGGAUAUUGAAAAAUAAAACAGAAUCACUUUUCUCUUUAUGCUUUUCUUUGUCCUUUUGCCUUUUUUUUUUUUUUUUUUUUUUUUGGUGUGUGUGUGCGCACGGUGGAAAAGAGUGAAAGAAACAGCACUUAUUUUUUCAUAAGGACUGUAUUUACAUACCUGAAGUUAACUGAAUUAAUCCUGGCAUCCAAGAUGGAUCUCAAGUGUGCUCUGGAAGAAUGUUCAAUGGCACUGAACUUAUUUCUAAACAAUAAGUUCUCUGAAGCGCUGGAACUACUUCGUCCAUGGUCCAAAGAUAGUAUGUACCAUGCACUUGGAUACAGCACUAUUUUAGUUAUGCAAGCUGCCAUGACCUUUGAACAGCAGGAUAUACAAAUGGGAAUUUCUACAAUGAGGGAAGCUUUGCAAACCUGCCAAAGAUUCAGGAAAAGAAACACAGUGGUGGAAUCCUUGUCCAAUCUAGUUUCUAAACAGCCAGUGGAUCAGUUGAGUGAAGAGGAAAUGCAUGCUGAAAUCUGCUAUGCUGAAUGCUUAUUGCAGAAAGCAGCUCUCACCUUCGUACAGGAUGAAAAUAUGAUCAACUUUAUCAGAGGUGGCCUGAAAAUCAGGACAAGUUACCAAAUAUACAAGGAAUGUCAUCAGGUGCUACAGGCAACUCAGGGGAACAAAAGCAAAAAUGAAACAUACUGCCAGUUUGAAGGAGGAGUAAAACUUGGAAUUGGAGCAUUCAACUUGAUGCUGUCACUUUUACCAGGAAGGAUCCUCCGACUUUUAGAAUUUAUUGGAUUUUCUGGCAAUAGGGAGUUGGGCCUCCACCAACUACGGGAAGGCGCAUCUGGCAGCAGUUUGAGGGCCAUUCUGUGUACUUUCACCCUGUUGGUUUAUCAUACUUACGUCUCCUUAAUCCUUGGUACAGGGGAAGCCAACCUUCAGGAAGCAGACAGUCUCCUCGAACCCUACCUCCAGAAAUUCCCAAAUGGUUCCAUUAUUCUAUUUUAUGCUGCCAGAAUAGAUGUACUGAAAGGAAAUUUUGAAAAGGCACAGCUGACGUUCCAAGACUGCAUAGCAGCCCAGCAUGAGUGGAAACAGAUUCAUCAUCUCUGUUACUGGGAACUGAUGUGGUGCUACACCUUCCAGCAGGACUGGCUUCAAGCAUAUCGGUAUGCAGACUUGCUCAGCAAAGAGAGCAGGUGGUCUAAGGCAAUAUAUGUAUUCCAGAAGGCAGCAAUUCUGUGUAUGCUUCCAGAGGAUGAUUUGAAGAGGACUGGUGAGGACAUAGUGUCUUUAUUCAGACAAGUGGAUGGUCUAAAACAGAGAAUUGCAGGAAAAUCUAUCCCGACUGAGAAGUUUGCAGUAAGGAAAGCUCGACGCUAUGCAUGUCCUCAGCCAGUGAAGCUGAUCUUACCUGCCUUGGAAAUGAUGUAUGUCUGGAAUGGAUUUGCAGUUGUGGGCAAAAGAGCAGACCUCACUGAUAACUUACUGGUAACAAUUGAAAAAGAAGAAACCACUCUACAAAAUGAAACUAAUCACAAUGAAUACUAUGUGGACGAUAUGUGCAUGUUGCAGCUACUGAAAGGCCUUUGUCUGAAACACUUGGGAAGACUGAUGCAAGCUGAGCUGUGUUUCAGUAAAGUAAUUCAAAGUGAGAAGCAAAUAAAAUAUGACAAUUACUUGGUGCCAUUCACGCUGUAUGAAUUGGGUCUUCUGUACAAACAACAGGAUGAGAGAGAAAAAGCAAUUAGAUACAUAGAAACUGCAAAAAACAACUACAAGGAAUACUCUAUGGAGUCCAGGUUGCACUUCAGAAUUCAUGCAGCGCUUGACAGCUUGAAGGUGUCCCCUGCUUCUACACCUUGAAUGAGGAGGGAUGCUUUUCAUGCACACAAAAAAUAGCCUACACAAUCUUUUUUCAAUCUUCUUUUAAUCAUAGAGAAGAACAUAAUGAUUGUUUUCUGUCACUUCUGAUUUGAUGUAUGUAAUUCUUUUAGACUUUUCUGUAUAAUGCCUAUACUGUAUCUACAUGCUGUUUUAAAGAAGACCUUAUAUUUUGUUGAUACAAAUAAUUUAAUAUUUGACUUGAAUGGGGGAUAUUUUUUAAAAAAAAGGCGAUGGUGCAAUAAAAUUUAAUGAAAAUACUUUAUUUUUUUUUAAAUAUAAGAACAGAUGCAGGUUAUGCAGUGGAACUGGUGAUAAUUUCUGUAUUUUUUGAAAGAUUUAUUUUCUGCAGUACACUUAGGACUUUUUUUCCCUCUGGAACAAAAAUGCAAUGUCUGCAGAUAACCUUACCCAUGUUUUUUGGCAUACCAUAUUCUGAAAUUUGUGUUCCAGAGGAAAGAAUUAGUCAUUUUUAAGUUAAAUUUCAUUUUGGGAACAAAAUUAACCAAUCUGAAGUGCAAUAUUUCUACUCUGUCAGAUGAAUCUAAGGAGGCUUCAGAUGAAGCUAAGAAGGGCUACAGUUAUAAUGUCUCUGCAAGUCUGUUUCAGUCAAAAGAAGUGCAUACAGGGGAUAUUUUUCACUUGUAGAAAAGCAGAGCUACAGAGGACAUUAUGUCCUUGUUCUAAAGUAGAAUCAGCAGUCUUAAGUUGCUCCUGACAGAUUCAUUUCAUGUGUUUAACAAAAGAAACAAUAAAAAAAAAGCACUGAGAAAGUAAUUUUGGAACUUACAUAGGAUGGUCUUUCCCAGUGAGAAAUUUUGCCUGAUGUCUACCCCAAAUAGUUCUUGACACAAAUGAAACUGAUUGUUUCCCAUCUUCCCUGUUGUGGAUCUGGAGAAAGUACUCUUCUUUCUCUUUUUUAAGCAAUCAUUUAGUAUUUGUAGACUAGCACGCUGGUUGGUAUUCUCUGUUCUUGGAUCCCAACGAAAGUAAAUAAAAUAUUGGUGGAUUUAUGCAUUUUCCUAAUAAUGAGUUAGAAUUCAUAUUAACAGAAAUUGAUUUGCAUCAAAAAAUGAAUCCAGUUUUAAACUUGCCAUUAAGAAAAUGUGCAUAUUCUAGUCUAAUUUCUACCAAAAAUGCACAGUAAAAUUGAGAUACUUGUAAGUGCAUUUUUCUUUUCAUGUUUAUAUGCAAUCAGCACUAUCAAAUUGAAUUUCCCAUUUCCCUAUGAAUUUUCCAUAGAUACAAAGAUCCUACCUGUCUGUUCUUAAAAAUAAAAAUACAUUUUAUUUUUAUUUACGUAUACACCCAGGAACUCUUCUUUCACUAGCUAUUGCAAAACUUGCUAUUUCCAUAUUUUAUCCAUGUCCAGUAUGUUUACUUCUGCACAGUAAAUUCAUAGUACCUAAGCUCAUGUAUGUAAUUUGCUGCCCUUAACUACCACCCAAGCAAAAUCAGGAUGAAAGAAACAGGUGAAAACUGUGUCCUCAGUAAAUAAAUAACUGAAGUUUCUAAUUAAAGAGUCAAUAUCAUCUAAAUGCUAUAGCACUUUUCCUCAGGUUACUGAGAACACAGCUUUCUUCUAUGACUUAUAAAUAUAAUAAGCUUAUAAUAACUUAUACAUUUAAUUGCUUAUAAUUCUGUAAUAGAGUGGUAUAUUUACAGGAGAAGUAAGAGUUUAAAAAUAUUAGCUAAAUAAACAUAAUGGGUCUUUCAAAAUGGAAACCUGAUCCAAAGUCUUUCUUUGUUGAAUUUGUGCCUAUUGUAAAUGUGUAACUUAAGUUAUUGUGUAAAAUUAUGCACAUGUAAGUUUGAUGCUUAAAUACCCAAGACACUGAAUUGCUGAUAAAAUAUGCAUGUUUAUUUUCAUAUAUUCAAUUGACUGUAGCUAAAACUCAAAACAGAGAUUAGCAUAUGCUGUUGAAUGACUCCUCUAAAGAUUUACCCAUUCAUAUAUAUCUGAUGUAUAAUUGUAGUGAGCAUAAACUCAUAUAUUUUCAGAAAAUACUUUUAAUGCAUCUGUGGGCAUUGUUUGUUCAGUUUAGGAUUAUUUUUGUUUAAUCUGAUUAUUGGAUUAGGAUCUGCUUCAUUUUUCUGUAGAAGGUGAUGGGAACGUUGCCAGUAAAACUUCUGUAAUUUGUGUUCCAAGCAGUACUUCACUUUAUAUAACUGGGACUACAGAUUCUCAGGGCGGAGCAUGAUGUAGUCUCUGUUGUCUUGUUUUUGAGGGGAGUGUCUUACAGCUAAUAUUUAGGGGUGAUUUGAGAUAGAAAUUAAAAUGCACAAAAAAUGAACAAUUAUCUUCCUUAGAAACUGAUUUUUUCCAACUUUAGAAAACUUCAAGAAGCGGUGUACUUUUUUCCAUGGGUGGUGUUACUGUCUGAAGAGAGAGUAAAAAGAAAUAUUUUAUUCAGUUCAACCUUCCAAAGGUAAUAUUAGUUCCCUGUGUAUGUUAUACUGUGUUUCUUUUGGGAUCAGCCUUUUUGCACUCCUGCAGAGGACAGGCUCAUCCACACAAAUUUGCAGUACCCUCUGUAGUGUUUUGAGGACCCAGUAUUAAGUACUAUUUAGAGCUUGCUUCUUUUUUGUGCUGCUGUUCCAGACUUUGCUAGAAAGAUUGGCUGUACAGAAUUCUUACUUUAAGCUUUAUUCUGAACAUUUUUUUUCAAGUUAUUAACAGUGGACAUACAAAUGUGUGAGAGUGAUUUGUAACCCUUCAGUUAAGGUAGGUCACCACAGAGCUGCAAGAGAUGCUUAGUUUUCCAAAUGCUGCAGAAAAGUGCACGUAUCCUUGACACAAUAGUGUGAUGCAGUAUUAUUUAGGACAUUACACCUGAGUUAAGUGAUUUCUGUCUAAGAGUUCAGAAAAAGGGUCUGUGGCUUUUUUUAAAUAUUUUUUUUUUUUUCUGGUGUAUUCUGUACUGGGCCUUAAAUACAGCUCUGAUUUAGUCUUAACUGUUGUUUAUAAUAUUCACCACACAUGCUCAUCUUCCACACGAAUUUUGAAUAUUGUGCUGAUACUUAAUUAAGCAAAGAUGAUAAUUUACCUAAGAUGAUAUAGGCUCUCUUGAUAAUAGUAGGAAUUAUAAUAUAUACAAGAGCAAAUUUAAGUUGUUAGUUUAAGUAAGAAAGGCUGAGCUUACAGUUACAUUAUGACAAAAAGUCAUUUAGUUCUUUCUUAUAAUAGAUGGGGUUUUUUUUAAGAUAAGCAAUAAUAAAUUAGCCUGGUUAUAGGACAAAGCUUCUCUUUGAUUAAGAAUUGCCUACUUAGAAACUAUUACAAAAAACUUUAUGUCUGUGCAAAUCAAUCAAAUGUUUAAUCUGUUGAAAGAUCAUUGUACUGUGGUUUGUAAGUCUUUAUUCAUCAGAAUAAAGAAUAAAUUUCUGGUUUUAACAGAAUUUGAAAGUGAUACGUUAGAAGAAAGCUGAAGCAAGAUGGUUACAGAUCUGUUCUAAUACACAUGGGGUAGCAGCUGUAUGUUGCACUUUAUGGCCAGAGAAAUGUAUAAUAAUCAGAUCUUAUUAAGUUUCUAAAACAUCUUGCAGAGUAAUGUGUAAAACAAGUAAUUUCUUGUAACAAAUUCAACUUAGACUUUGCACUUAUUUUAUUACUAAUCUUAAUGUUUCAUGUCUUUUGUUUCUGUAUAUUCUUACACUGCCUAGUGGAACAAAGAAUGUUUAUAUUUGCCCUGGUGCUGCAGUCUCUUUGCUUCUAAUCUACUGAGGUUUGCACAUGUUCUUAUCUGGUACUUGAUGAAUAAACGAUGAGGGCAGAAAAACAGGAAAUAAGGAAUGAAGAGUGUUCUGGUUUAAAGAGCAUGUAACAAUGUUCAUUGUGAUGGACUAGAAUGGAUUUACACUUCAGAGGAAUAAAUCACAUAUGCUUGUACUACCAAGUGCUGAAUUUGGCACUGUAUUCUGUUUGUACAUCAAGAACCUACAGCUAAGAUUUACCAAGGCAUUAUCAUCAAAAAAGGCCUGAUCUCUAGUUUAUAAAUGCAACCUUAAGUGUAGAGCUCUUACACAACUUGUCCAGACUGAGAGGUUGUACAAAGCUGUCAAGGUGUGUUGAGUAAAUAAAGGAUCCUUUGAAUGUAGAUAGCAAAUGUAAAA